CUGCUGUGGAAAGAGCCUUUGCACAUCCUCUGCAGACUGCUGGGAGGGCAGCCACGCAGCGGACCUCUUGGAUUUGUUCUCCAGAGAACAGAGACAAUGGCUGGGCUCUUCCCCAGAGCCACAGGGGCUCUGGCCCUUUUGAUGAUGUUCGUGUUGGUUCAUGGAGAAUUGUGGAUAGAGACAAAAGAGCCACAUGGAGAAGACGACACAGCAGUUCAACAGGGCAAACGGAGGUACAAACGUGAAUGGGUGAAAUUUGCAACACCCUGCAGAGAAAGAGAAGACAACUCCAAAAAAAACCCCAUUGCCAAGAUUACUUCAGAUUUCCAGACAACCCAGAAAAUUACCUACAAAAUUUCUGGAGUGGGAAUCGAUCAGCCCCCUUUUGGAAUCUUCAUUGUUGACCCAAACACUGGUGACAUUAAUAUAACAGCCAUCGUUGAUCGAGAGGAAACCCCAAGCUUCCUGAUCACGUGUCGGGCUCUAAAUGUCCUAGGCCAAGAUGUAGAGAAGCCACUUAUAUUAACAGUCAAAAUUCUGGAUGUGAAUGAUAAUGCUCCAGUAUUUUCACAAACAAUAUUCAAGGGAGAAAUUGAAGAAAACAGUAAUUCAAACUCACUGGUAAUGAUACUAAAUGCCACAGAUGCAGAUGAACCAAACCAUCUGAACUCUAAAAUUGCCUUCAAAAUCAUCUCCCAGGAACCUGCAGGAACACCCAUGUUCCUCAUAAGCAGAAACACUGGAGAAGUCCGCACUUUGACCAAUGCUCUUGAUAGAGAGCAAGUUAGCAGCUAUCGUUUGGUUGUGAGUGGCACAGACCAAGAUGGAGUAGGACUAUCAACUCAAUGUGAAUGCGAAAUUAAAGUGAAGGAUGUCAAUGAUAAUUUCCCAGUGCUUAAAUAUGCUCAGUAUUCAGCACGUAUUGAGGAAAACACUAUAAAUUCUGACUUACUUCGAUUUCAAGUGACAGAUUGGGAUGAAGAGUACACAGAUAAUUGGCUGGCUGUGUAUUACAUUAUCUCUGGAAAUCAAGGGAAGUGGUUUGAAAUAGAAACGGACCCAAGAACCAAUGAAGGGAUCCUAAAGGUGGUUAAGCCUCUAGAUUAUGAACAAAUACAAAGCAUGCAAUUUAGUAUUACUGUCAAAAAUAAAGCUGAAUUUCACCAGUCAGUAGCCUCUCAAUUUCAAGUUCAGUCAAUCCCGGUCAUAAUUGAGAUAAUCAAUGUAAGAGAAGGAAUUUCAUUUCGUCCUAUUUCCAAGACUUUUACUGUGCAAAAAGGUAUAAGUACUAAAAAAUUGAUUAAUUAUGUCCUGGGAACGUAUGAAGCCAUCGAUGAAGACACCGGCAAAACUUCCUCAGCUGUCAGAUAUGUCAUGGGCCGUAAUGAUGGUGGUUUGCUAACUAUUGAUCCAAAAACUGGUCAAAUCAAAUUUGUCAAAAACAUCGCCCGGGAUUCUACCUUCAUAGUUAACAAGACACUCACAGCUGAGGUUCUGGCCAUAGAUGAAAGCACAGGCAAAACUGCCACUGGCACCGUCUAUGUUAAAAUACCUGAGUUUAAUGAAAACUGUCCACCAAUUGUCCUGGAAAAAAAUGAAAUCUGUAGUUCGUCACCCUCCGUGGUUGUGUCAGCUAGAACCCUGGAAAGGGACAGGUAUGCUGGUCCCUACACGUUUUCAGUGGAGGAGCAGCCUCUAAAGUUGCCGGUUAUAUGGAGAAUCACGAGCCUCAACGCUACUUCGGCCAUGGUAAGAGCUCAGCAGCAGAUAUCUCCUGGCGUGUACAGAGUCCCCAUCGUCGUCACGGGUGACCAGGACAGGCGGUGUGAGUCAUCGGAGACGCUGACCCUGACAGUCUGUCAGUGUGACGAAAGGGGCUCCUGUAGAGCUUCGUGGGAGGAACCUCAAAUAGAGCCUCGGAAGCAGAUCUACAGGAUGGGGCCCAGUGCCAUCGGCCUGCUCCUCCUUGGGCUCUUGCUGCUGCUUUUGGUCCCUCUCCUACUGCUCACCUGUGACUGCCAAAGGGGUCCCGCUGGGGGAAUGGCAGGUGGUUUUAUCCCAGUUCCUGAUGGUUCAGAAGGAACAAUUCACCAGUGGGGAAUUGAAGGAGCCCAACCCGAGGACAAGGAAAUCACAAAUAUCUGUGUGCCACCUAUAACGACUAAUGGAGUAGAUAUUGUGGAAAGUUCUGAAGUUUGUACAAAUACAUACACUGGAGGGACGGUGGUGGAAGGUGUUUCUGGAAUGGAACUGGCCACCAAAGUGGGAGCAACUGCAGGUUCCGGAGCUGUGGCAGGAUUUGGAGCAGGAGCUGGACUUGGGCCCUGUCCCCCUGGGCAUCUGGGGCUGGGCACAACGAGGACAAGACAUUCCACUGGGGGAACCCUCAAGGACUACACAGAUGGGACCAUAAACAUGAAUUUCCUAGAUUCCUACUUUUCCCAGAAAGCAUUUGCCUGUGCAGAGGAAGAGGGAGUCCAAGAAGCCAAUGACUGCUUGCUGAUCUAUGAUAACGAAGGCACCGAUGAUGGUCGCAGUUCUCCCGUGGGUUCCCUGGGGUGCUGCAGUUUCAUUGCUGAUGACCUGGAUGACAGCUUCUUGGACUCACUCGGCCCUAAGUUUAGGAAACUUGCAGAGAUAAGCCUUGGUAUUGAUGAGGAAGCCAAACAAGCUCAGCCACAUGCUCAGUCCAGUGGUACUGGGGUUGACCUUUGUGGCCCAUCCGUAGAGGUCCAGCAGUCAGGACCUGACAGGUACCAGACCUUCUGGGGCAGUCAAGAAGCUCAUGGUUUGUCAACCUAUGGGUCACUGCAGCAGGCCAUUCCCAUCCCUGACCCUCUGCAGCAUGGCAACUAUCUGGUAACAGAGAAUUACUCAGCUUCUAGUUCUUUUGUGCAACCCACCACUGCAAUCUUUGAUCCACUUCUCACACAAAAUGUAACAGUGACAGAAAGGAUGAUUUGUCCCCUUUCCAGUAUCCCUGGUUCCACAGACCCUCAGGGGUCAUGCAGUAUGCUUUGUACUGAAGAUCCUUGUUCCCGUCAGUGACGAGGAUGAGCAAAAAUAAUGUACUGGUGACAUAUCUAGACCAAAUUAUUUAAAAUAACAUAACAGAACUCACUGUAUGGGACUACUGUGACAUUUAUUAGAUAUUCUUAUAAACUAAUUAUGAUGACAAUUUAAAAAUUUUGGUCCAUACCACAAACCUAGAUAUGUUGUCACUCUUAUAAUAUUUUUUUAAAUUGCAGUAAAUUUCUAUGUUCUUUUUAAAAAAAAUUUUUAUGAUCAUAUUGUGUGGGAAAAUUUCCUAAACAUUUUUAAACUUUGGUGCUUUUAAUGCCAAAGGAAAAUGCUGAUUGCUUUAAAGGCAAUGUACGUUAGUGGAUGAAACAUUUGGAACAAAAAUUCUAGUUGUUUCCAUCACCUUCUUUUGUAUCCUUGAAUUGAUGCAAGAAUAUAACUAAUAGGCCAGGUUCAGUGAUUAUGCCUGUGACCCCAGCACUCGGGAGGCUGAGGCAGGAGGAUCUUUAUGGGUUCGAGACCAGGCUGGCUACAAAGUGAGUUCAAUGCCAGCCUGAACUGAACAGUGAGAUCCUAUCUCAAAAAGACCAAAAAAAAGAAUAUCACUAAUAACGACUUAAGAAUCACAAAGUAUUUGCUAACACACUGAACUGCUUGGGCAAAAGUUGCUUUCUCCCUAUCCUUUUGGUGUAGGGAGACCAUGCUGUGCCUCUUUUCUCAAGCUAAGGGCUUUGGGCUUGUGCAUCCAACUUGCUAGAACUAUGCUUGAAACUCAGUCUUGAAACAGAAAUAUCAUAGGACAUUUAUAAGUUUAUUACGGUGUAAAUAACACUUCAUGCAUUUUUAAUCCUCUAAAGGACCUAUCUAGGAAAAUACAUUGAACUUCCUUCUAUGUACAUCUCAAUAGCAAAUCCUGUGUUAGACUUUGUAAAAGUAGUUCUUUUCUUUUUGGCAUUAGUGGGUAGAUAUGAACUACAUAUGACAUACGGUCAGGUGUAUUAAUACCUACACACAUUGUGGGACGAAAUACAGCUUUCCUUAAAAGCAAAAGGAACUGUUGAGUAGAAUAACACAUAUUGAAGUUUGUAAAUAUGUAUCAUAAGCAGCAUUUGGGGAAAAUGUUGUAAUUUUCAAGUCAAAAAGUGAUAUAGAAGUGUGAUGAUAUAUAAACUGUUUUUUCAGCCUUGGCUUCUGAAUUAAACAGCUACAACAAUUCAGUGCUUGAAUGGAACUAUCUUAGGUUAGUGAAAGUUUAGAGGUAUUUUGUGCAUAUUACCCUAAUGGUAAUGCAGCUCUUUAAGUCACUUCUGGUCGUUCAAGAUGUUCACCCUUUAGUCCACAGAGAACACCCUACCUCACCGGCUCCCUGACAUUAUUACCUUAGCUGAAUCUUUACUAAGUCAUUGUUUAAUCCCAUUAUUUCUAAUGGUAUACUUAAUUUUUUGUUUGUGUUACAUUGUGUUUUGUUUUGCUUAGCCAUAAUAAAAACUGAAAUAUGUUUUUCCACAUAGACUGCAAACUAAUCAAGUGUUUAUGCUUCUAACUUAGAAAUGUAUGAGUCUGAGGGAGUAAGCAACUGCCUACACAUGAUUUCCCUGUUGCACAUGGCUGUCCCUGCACAACUAGCUGGAAGGCAUGUACCAGGCCAGCCCUGGGAGCACUGGUGGCCUCAGCCUUCCAGAGAGGCUGCUUCUAUGCCACAAGGCUUUCAGCGUGCCCUGCAGGGUGAGAAGAGCCUGACCCAGACCCUCUAGUGACUGCUGUUAUCAGCACUAUUUUUUUGGUUCUCAGUAGAAAGCCAGCCUUGGGGUCUAAAGCACACACAUUGAUUUGCACCUCUGCUUAUGCAUAAUAGCCUUUAUUUAAAAUACGAAGGUGUAUUUAGGAUUUUCAAAGCAUUUUAGCUUUGCUUCUGAAAAUCAAUUUAUGGAAUAAGAAUCUGGUUACAUUAUUAAAGUCCAGAGAAAGCCAAGCCAUGGUAGUAAAGAUUAUAUUAGAGAAAAACUGAAAUCAAAUGUACUUUUAAAUUUUUUUUAAUUGUUCUUUAGGGUGACCUAAAAAUUCAUUUGCUGUGUAAAAUGUGUCUGCAUUUUUUUCACCAAAAAUAAAAGUUGUUUGAAACAGGAAAAAAAUUAAA